AUGAUGACUGCAAUGAAGAGAGAGCUGCUGUGUGUACUGCUGCUUUGUGGAGCAGUCUUCACUCUGCCCGGGCAGGAAAUCCACAGGCGAUUCAGAAGAGGAGCCAGAUCAUACAGAGUGACCUGCAGAGAUGAAAAAACCCAGAUGAUAUAUCGGCAGCAUGAAUCCUGGCUGCGUCCCAUGGUCAGAAGCAACCGUGUAGAAUACUGUUGGUGCAACAGCGGCCAGUCAAAGUGCCACUCUGUGCCCAUCAAAAGUUGCACCGAGCCGCGAUGCUUCAAUGGGGGGACAUGUCGGCAGGCUCUAUAUUUCUCAGAUUUUGUCUGUCAGUGCCCUGAAGGAUUUAGUGGGAAACUCUGUGAAAUAGAUGCCAGUGCCACCUGCUACAAGGACCUAGGUGUCACCUACAGGGGCACAUGGAGCACAGCGGAAAGUGGGGCCGAGUGUAUCAACUGGGGCAGCAGCCUUCUGGCCCGGAAGCUCUACAACAUGUGGAGGCCAGAUGCCAGCAAGCUGGGUCUCGGGAACCACAAUUACUGCAGAAACCCAGACAAAGACUCAAAACCUUGGUGCUAUAUCUUCAAGGCAGGGAAGUACGUGCCUGAGUUCUGCAGCACACCCGUCUGCUCCCAGGGAAAAAAUGGGGGCUGCUACCUUGGAAAAGGAUUCGCAUACCGUGGCACCCGCAGCCUCACUGUGUCUGGUGCUUCCUGCCUUCCGUGGAAUUCCAUGCUCCUGAGAGGCAAGAUCAACACCGUGUGGAAGCCCAACGCCCUGUCGCUGGGCCUGGGCAAACACAAUUACUGCCGGAACCCAGAUGGGGAUGACAAGCCUUGGUGCCACGUGCUGAAGGGCCGCCAGCUGACGUGGGAGUACUGUGACGUCCCCCAGUGCUCCACCUGCGGCCUGAGACAGUACAAUCGGCCUCAAUUCCGCAUUAAAGGAGGGCUCUACUCGGACAUCACCUCCCACCCGUGGCAGGCUGCCCUCUUUGUCCAGAACAAGAGGUCGCCAGGAGAGAGGUUCUUCUGCGGGGGAAUCCUGAUCAGCUCCUGCUGGGUCCUGUCCGCCGCCCACUGCUUCCUGGAGAGGUAUCCUCCCCACCACCUGAAGGUGGUCCUGGGCAGAACAUACCGGGUGAAACCUGAAGUGGAAGAGCAGAGAUUCGAAGUCGAAAAAUACAUCCUUCAUAAGGAAUUCGAUGAAGACACGUACAACAAUGACAUUGCACUGCUGCAGCUGAAAUCGGAUUCGUCCCAGUGCGCCCAGGAGACUGGCUCUGUCCGCACCGUCUGUCUCCCGGAAGCCAACCUGCAGCUGCCCGACUGGACGGAGUGCGAGCUUUCUGGCUACGGCAAGCACGAGGCGUCUUCUCCUUUCUACUCUGAGCGGCUAAAGGAAGCGCAUGUCAGGCUGUAUCCCUCCAACCGCUGCACGUCUCAGAAUUUACGUAACAAAACAGUCACGAGCAACAUGCUGUGUGCCGGGGACACGCGCACUGGAGGGAACCAAGCAAACCUGCACGAUGCCUGCCAGGGUGACUCAGGAGGGCCCUUGGUGUGUAUGAAGGACGACCGCAUGACUUUGGUUGGCAUCAUCAGUUGGGGCCUUGGCUGUGGGCAGAAAGAUGUCCCAGGUGUAUACACCAAGGUCACUAAUUACCUAAAAUGGAUUCAAGACAACAUGCGCCCGUAA